AUGGAUGCAGCCGACUCAGCAGCCAGGACUCUGGCCUCGGGUGUUGCCAUGAGGCACAUCUCAUGGCUUCAGGCUUCAAGCCUCCCACCGGAGCUGCAGUAUACCAUCCAGGACUUGCCAUUUGAUGACAAAGACAGGACUUUGGCAGGCAGCGCGGCCGAGGUGGUCGCAGGCAACCUUCAGGAUCCCAAGCAGACUAAAAUCAAGGUCCCUCGAAACCACCACCGGGACCGAAGGCGAACUUUUGAAGGAAUACCAAGAGUUGCUCAAUGUAAAUUUAGACUACCCUUGCGGUUAAUUUGCUUUCCAGCUCAACCUUCAAAAACAGCAAACCACAAACUAACUAUUGAUACCAAUAAAUCUCCUGUCAGUCUUGUGAACCUUUUCCCAGACUUUGCUGAUCAGUCUGAUGAAGAUCAAGUAAAUGUUCUGGGAUUCCAGUUCUUAACUGGUUCUAGAAUCACUCUUCUUGCUUCAAAAACCUCACAGCGGUAUAGAAUCCAGAGUGAACAAUUAGAAGACCUUUGGCUAAUCACAAAAGAACUCACUUUUCGUCUUGAAGAACAUUUCAAGAAGCAAAAUAGCAAAGACUUCACUUGUACCUUUUCUGGUUCAGUUCCUUUACAAGAAUAUUUUGAACUAAUUGAUCGCCAUUUUGAGCUUCGCUUGAAUGCUGAAAAAUUUGAAGAACUGUUGUCUGAAAGAGCCAUACAAUUUAGAGCUAUUGAACGACGAUUACUAACUCGAUUCAAAGACAAGACACCUGCUCCCCUUCAACAUCUGGACACCUUGCUAGAAGGAACUUACAGACAGGUUAUUAACAAGACUCGUCCUUCAAAGAUCAGUUAUGAUUUAUUCUAUGAUGAUAACAGCCUCAGGAGUUUUAUUAUCAAAUACCUCAAGGAAUUCUUGACAUCUGUUUUCAAUAAGUUAGUAAUAAUUCUAAAUGGUGGCCCAGUGGAAGAAUUAUAUUUCAAUGACAAUUUGAUCUGUAUAUUGUAGUAGAGAACUUUGAGGAAGAUUUUUAACAUAUAAGCGGGAUUCUGACUCUUCCAGUCAAGAUUCACGUAUGUCAGUUUUACUUGCAACCUCUUGAGAGAUGGCUGUGUUUAAUCUGUAGUUCAGGGACUCUCAGUUAUGUCACCAUGAAAGUUUCAUUGUCUCCUUGUCUGUUAGUAACCUGGAACAGGGCUAAAUUAAUUGUAUUUCUCUUGUUAAUUUUCAGGAAGUGUUAAGUUUUAUCAUUUAUUCAUUUAGCUUUGCAGUAUAUGCUGACAUUUAAAAUCUUCAUUGCUUAGUGUUUCUUUAGACAAUUAUUCAUGCAGUAUUAUGUAUGAAUCAUUAUGCAUUAAGUGUUUUCCCAUUCUCUUAAAUGAUUUCUUCAUUCCAUUGGUUCAUUGUUUCCCCACCCUUUU